ACAACGAGUGCUUGGAAGGGUGGAGGCAAUCCUCUGUCUGAGUUUGGAGGGUUUGCACAGCGCCUGCCUUCACAGCUGAAUGGGACGCUGAUACAUUUCUGCUGGACUCAGGGACAGGUAUCCCCAGAGUAACAUUCUCUGUUUCAUUUCUGAGAUCCUGGGGCAUCGAUUGAGAUGGAUGCUGCAGGAGGCUGGACCGUGUUGGAACGCACAUGUAGGAUCCUUGGGAUCAUUACGGCUGCAGUGCUCCUCGGCGUUGGAAUUGUUACUGCAGUUGAAGGGCAGUUCGCUAAACUGGCCGUUUACUUGCUAUUUGCAGCAACAGUGCUUGCGAUUUUGGAGAGCCCGUAUUUUAUUGACAUUGUUCUUGCCCACCACUGCCCCUAUGUGUUUCAGACAGCAGACAGCAAGGUUUGGAGCGUGUGGAAGAAAGCUGUCCGUCCCAACGGUUUUCAGAAGUUCCUCACAUUCGUCUUCCUGUCUGUGGCGUGCUUCCUACACCCGGUUCUGAUCUGGCAUGCGACUAUUCCGGGUACAAUGUUGAUAAUGAGUGGCCUCGCCUACUUUGUGCUCAACCUGAGGAAAAGGUUUCAAGUGAAAAUCAAAGAGGGACCAGGCAACAGGAGGUGUCCCCAAGAGUAUGCCACUGCCGUGGUCAUCUCGGAGGCUGCGGAGAUGGAGCAGAUGUACAGCUUUCACCACCACUCUGGCAAGAGAAGCCGAGCCUUGAUAAACCACUUGCAAGGUAUCUUCAGACUUGGUUCUGAGAGACCUCCAGCCAGUGAACCCACCCAGAACUUUCCGGACAGAACAGCCACCUCCCCAGCCGGGAGCUUCAGGAGUAAAGGGCCGGUGUUUGAGGAGUGUGCUGUGGGAAUGACCCUGUCUGAGCCCGGGGAAGCUGAGGACUCAGAGGAGACCACAUCGGAGAAAGCUCAGAUAAUACCCAAGUGAGAGCGUACGCAGGCCUCGGACUGUUUCACUCUCCUGGAGAACUGUCUGGAAUUCUGGUGCUGCAUCCACUGAUGUACUUUUUGAGUCGCAGUUACCGUUAUCCUGUGCACAGUAACCUCCCUGUUACUAGCAGCAAUUUGACCGGGCUAGAAUGUAUUUUAUAAUGUGUAUAGAAGAAUGAAUAUUGGUCACAAAACCAUGAGACAUGAAUGCUACUGGAUGUUACACCGAGUGGGGCUUAGUCUGUGUCCCAGUUGAUAGACAAGGCAGCAAUCAAAACAAACUACCUCUGAGACAAGUGGAGACCAGUGUCUGCUGGCACUAGAAGACGUUCUCGUUGUGUUGUGACGUUCCACGCUGAUGUUCAGGAAAUGAUGGACAAGUACCGAGUAGACCUUUCAAUAUCCAGAUUCAUUUCUCACACGUACAUCGAAACAUUCAGUGAAAUGCACCAUUUGCGUCAACAACUGACACGGCCGAAGGAUGUGCUGAGGACAGCCCAUAAGUGUUGCCACACAUUCCAGCGCCAACACGCCUGCCCACUGUGCUUGGCAGAACACAACAACAAUGGCAAAGCAAGCCCGUUCCUUCCUCCCUCGCUCCCACCCACACACACAGGCCUUUAUCCCCAGGACAGACGAUUAUCUUAUAGGCCUCACGAGUUAAUCUGCAGAUGCAGGAAAUAAGUAAAAACACAAAAUGCUGGCAGAACUCAGCAGGCCAGACAGCAUCUACGGGAGGAGGUAGUGACGACGUUUCAGGCCGAAAACCUCCAUCACGACAGGAG